AUGGCCAGUCUUUGGUGUAGCGGUUGCUUGAUAAUGCUUGCAUCCGCCGUCUUGGUGUUACAAUCUUCCGCUCAACGAUGUGGCCAGGUGCAGGUGUUGAAACAGGGACUGAUCUUUGGCGGCACCGCAUCCACGCCGGGCAUUUGGCCAUGGCACGUAGCACUGUUUCAUCGGGAAUCCAUCACGAGAACGUCGUACAAAUGUGGCGGCACGAUCAUAAACCGCGAUACGAUUCUUACGGCGUAUCACUGUGUGGUGGAAAAUCAACGACCGAUCGCAGCAGGUCGUCUUGUAGCCCGGGCAGGAGUGUUUGAUCUGGAUGUCGGUGGCAAUACCAUGCAAGAAAAUCGAGUGUUUGAUAUCAUCUCACCAGCGGGAGCAAGUGCGCGUACAUUCGAUGACGACAUAGCUAUACUGAAGAUGCAAACACAGUUCACCUACAAUGACUACGUGCAGCCCAUCUGUAUACGUUCGGUACCGCAGGACAUUGGACAGCUGGUGGGUGCCUUCGGGACGGUAGUUGGAUGGGGCUGGACAGAGAACAACUCCACCUCAGCCGAAUUACGUCAGGCAAACAUACCGGUGGCGAGUGCGGAGGAUUGUUUGGCUAGCGAUCGGAACCUCUUCAGCCAGGUACUGACGACGAAGGUGUACUGUGCUGGGAGUCGCAACGGUACCUCCAGCUGCAAUGGUGAUAGUGGUGGUGGCAUGUUCUUCCGAAUGAGUGGCUACUGGUUCAUGCGCGGGAUAACUUCGUUUUCCUCCGUGAACGACAACCAGAGCGGGAUCUGCAACUCUUACGGAUACGUGGGGUAUACCGAUGUGGCGAAGUAUCUGGAUUGGAUGCGUGCUCAGGGCGUACGGUUUGAGGAUCCGCUGCAGAGCGCACCGAUAAGCAAACCUGUUCCGAAUGAUGGAAGCUCGACGCUGCUUCGGUUGUCGGUCGAUCCGAAGACGAAGAAGUUUUUGCAGCAGCAUAAGGGUAACGUGUUGCUGAGGGUGCAGUUGAACGGUAGGAAGGUGGAGAGUUUAUUUCAGUAG